AUGGUCCUACGUACCGUAUUCCUACCUGCCACGUGCUAUACAGUACCCUCUACAAUGACCUGUCCAUCUGAAAUGACUGGAUUCUCGUCGCUAUCCCUCUCGUGUCCCUUUGACGACGAGGCCCUCCAGAAUCCUGAAGAGCUGGAAAAUGAGAUUUCUGAAAUUCUGCCGAAAUUCUCCACGGCCGAUCAGGACUGGAAAUCGUUUGGGUAUCUACUCAACGAGGAACCCGGCACGUCUUCUGAGAAGGUGACGAGGGUUACGGUAUUCCAAAAUUCGCAAAAAAAUAUUGAGCCGAUUGGAAAAGGAAGACGGCGAAGGCGAAAUGCGGAUAUGGAAAUUAUCAUGGAAGCUUCAGCGGCGAAACCAAAAGCGGAAGUGAAAAAAGAAGUUAUCAAUCCGGCUGAUAUCACACUUGGAGGCGAUACGUACGACUAUGAAAAAGAGCAAAAGCCCACCGACUCUAUCGCUUCUGGAGUGUCCCGACGUCGUCGUACGUCUGCGAACCUCUCCAAAUCGGAAUCCGAAGACAAAUCAGACUCCCAGCCACGUGGCAACAAAGAACGUCGAACGUCUCAAGAACCAAUCCAUCGUGUCGUCUACUUCUCGCCCGGCACCGCCGUCCCCAUGGAAAUAGACAUGGCGAUGAGCCACUGUACGUGUCAGCAGCCAUUCGAUGCGAAUCGAUUCUAUGUUCAAUGUGAUAUGUGCGCGAGAUGGUAUCACGGCGAUUGUGUGAAUAUUACCGAGAAAAUGGCACUGAAGUUCGAGCAAUGGACGUGUGAGCAGUGUAUUGAGGAGCAGGAAAGGGUGAAGGAACAACCAGCGCUGUAUUGCGUCUGCAAGAAGCCCUAUGAUGAUACUAAAUUCUAUGUCGGAUGUGACAGCUGUCAAGGAUGGUUCCAUCCGGAAUGCGUCGGAACGACACGCGAACAAGCCGAACAGGCGGCUGACUAUAACUGUCCGAGCUGUCGCGAUGGAUACGAAUCGGAAGCAUCCGAAGCGUCGGUAGCCAGCAGAGCCAGUGUUGAAUUGACCCGAGCCGACUACUGCUUCGUCAACGAACUGCUGGAGCUGCUCAAUGAGCACCGAAUGAACACGCCAUUCCGAACGCCAGUGGAUCUGACCGAAUUCCCAGACUACACGCAAUAUGUGAAGAAGCCAAUUGAUCUAACAAUCAUUGGCAAAAAAGUGCACGAUCUCGAAUAUCAAUAUCUGGGACACUUCGUCAACGAUGUGAAUCUGAUGUUUGAGAACGCGAAGACGUACAAUCCAAAGGAUAGUGCGAUUUUCAAAUGCGCCGAAACGAUUCAAGAAGUGUUUGAUAAGAAGCUAAUGGCUGUUAGGGAACAAAUGACCGCCAAUCAGCAAAUGCUUUUAUUCCAACAAAAUCACCAUGAUCCGAUGAGCACCGCCCGUAAACGCGUACAAUCGGAAAGCCAGAAAACCGUCGAUUCGUUGGACAUCGACCCCGAUCAGUUACUGCCCUUUGAUCCGAGCGUUAUGAUGUAUUUUGGAUAUCAAUGA